GGAGGUGGCAGGUACUUAGGGGAAGAGCUGAGCGGCACCGGCGUGGCGGAGGAGAGGAACCGUAAGAGUAAAGCGCCGGCUUUGCUCGGAUCGGUGUGAGAGAGAAAAAUGCCUCCUGUCCCGAAAACCUUGUCGGAUCUCCGCUCCCGAGUGGAAGGGUAUGUAAAGGCCAAGGACACCUCUCGGAAGGCCAAAUCUUCUGACCAGGAUGAUUCCCGGUGGAUAUUCAUCAACCAGCCCCAGUCCACAAGAUUCUGUAGCAAUAGUAUCAGCACUGCGAAGUACAACGUCCUCACAUUCCUGCCCCGGUUCCUCUUCUCCCAGUUCAGGAGGGCAGCCAACUCCUUCUUCCUUUUCAUCGCACUCCUGCAGCAAAUUCCGGAUGUUUCACCAACUGGGAGGUGGACAACCUUGGUUCCUCUUCUCUUCAUCCUUAUAGUGGCAGCUGUAAAGGAGGUCAUUGAGGAUCUGAAGCGUCAUAACGCAGACAAUGUAGUGAAUAAGAAGAAAACCCAAGUGCUGAGAAAUGGUGCCUGGGAGAUAGUCCACUGGGAGAAGGUAGUGGUGGGAGAUAUAAUUAGAAUAAAUGGCAACGAGUUCGUACCUGCAGACACAAUCCUACUGUCGUCCAGUGAGCCGCAUGCCAUGAGCUAUAUCGAGACAUCCAAUCUAGAUGGAGAGACCAACCUUAAAAUCCGACAAGGCCUGCAGCUGACUGCGGAGUUUAAGGACACAGAGAGCCUGGCGAGGUUGACCGGCCGUAUGGAGUGCGAGAGCCCCAACCGGCACCUCUAUGAAUUCGUGGGGAACAUCCGUCUCGAAGGUCACAGUCCGGUGCCUUUAGGUCCAGACCAAAUUCUGCUGAGAGGUGCCCAGCUGAGGAACACGCAGUGGGUUCAUGGCAUUGUGGUCUAUACCGGACAUGACACCAAACUCAUGCAGAAUUCCACCCGGCCACCCUUAAAGUUGUCGAAUGUGGAGCGCAUCACCAACUUCCAGAUCCUGGCUCUUUUUGGCUGUCUGCUGGCUAUCUCCCUGGUAUGCUCUGUCGGCCAAACCAUCUGGAAGAGCCAGUAUGGCCAUGGUGCCUGGUACAUGAAUCUGAACUCUCCAGAUGGAGGUGCUGCUAACUUUGGCCUCAAUUUUUUGACCUUCAUUAUCCUCUUCAACAACCUGAUUCCUAUUAGCCUUUUGGUCACCCUGGAGGUCAUUAAGUUUGUCCAGGCCUUUUUCAUCAGCUGGGACAUGGACAUGCACUACGAAGCCACCAACACGUCUGCCAUGGCUCGUACCUCCAACCUGAACGAGGAGCUGGGACAGGUGAAGUACAUCUUCUCAGACAAAACCGGGACCCUAACCUGCAACGUGAUGCAGUUCCUGAAGUGCACCAUCGCAGGAGUGACCUAUGGCAGGCACAGUGCCAGCUCUGCUGAUGAGAUGGGAUUCAACGACCCCAGCCUGCUGGAAAACCUCCAGAGCGAUCAUCCCACUGCCCCUGUCAUCCGGGACUUCAUGACCAUGAUGGCUGUGUGCCACACCGCUGUCCCUGAGCGAACCGACGACGGCAUCGUCUACCAGGCUGCCUCUCCAGACGAAGGAGCGCUGGUGAGGGCAGCAAGGAAGCUGGGUUUCAUCUUCUCCGGGAGGACGCCGGACUCUGUCAUCAUCACGUCGCUCGGUAAAGAAGAGAAAUAUGUGCUGCUGAACGUACUGGAGUUCACGAGCUCUAGGAAGAGAAUGUCAGUCAUCGCGCGGACUCCAUCCGGAAGGAUCCGGCUGUACUGCAAAGGAGCGGACACAGUCAUCUAUGACAGGCUGGCUGACAGCUCCCAUUACAAGGACAUCACACUCAAGCACCUGGAGCAGUUUGCUACAGAGGGUCUUCGCACUCUGUGCUUCGCCACGGCCGAUAUCUCGGAAGCCGCCUACAGAGAGUGGCUGCAGACGCACCACCGGGCCGCCACCGCACUCCAGAACCGGGCUGUGAAGCUGGAGGAGAGCUACGAUCUCAUCGAGAAGAACCUGCACCUGCUAGGUGCCACCGCCAUUGAGGACAGGCUCCAGGACGAGGUCCCCGAGACCAUCGAGACUCUGGUAAAGGCCGAUAUCAAGAUCUGGGUCCUGACAGGAGACAAGCAGGAGACCGCCAUCAACAUCGGACACUCAUGCAAGUUGUUGAGGAAGAACAUGGGACUGCUGCUUGUCAACGAGGACACGCUGGAUGCCACACGGGACACGCUGAGUCGUCACUGCGGCAUGCUGGGAGACGCCCUGCACAAGGAGAAUGACACUGCGCUCAUUAUCGACGGCAAGACCCUGAAGUACGCACUGAGCUUCGGGGUCCGCACCUACUUCCUGGACCUGGCGCUGUCCUGCAGGGCCGUCAUCUGCUGCAGGGUGUCCCCUCUGCAGAAGUCAGAGGUGGUGGAGAUGGUAAAGAAGCAGGUUCGCGUGAUCACGCUGGCCAUCGGCGACGGCGCCAAUGACGUGGGCAUGAUCCAGACCGCCCACGUGGGUGUGGGAAUCUCCGGCAACGAAGGCCUGCAAGCCGCCAACUCCUCCGACUACUCCAUCGCUCAGUUCAAGUACCUAAAGAACCUGUUACUUGUCCACGGUGCCUGGAACUACAACCGAGUGGCGAAGUGCAUCCUCUACUGUUUCUACAAGAACAUCGUCCUGUACAUCAUCGAGAUCUGGUUCGCCUUCGUGAAUGGUUUCUCGGGACAGAUCCUCUUCGAGCGCUGGUGUAUCGGCCUCUACAACGUGAUCUUCACGGCGCUGCCCCCCCUGACCCUGGGCAUAUUCGAGCGCUCUUGCCGGAAGGAGAACAUGCUGAAGUAUCCACAGCUCUACAAGACGUCCCAGAAUGCAAUGGGCUUCAACACCAAGGUCUUCUGGGGCCAUUGUCUGAACGGCCUGUUCCACUCCAUCAUCCUCUUCUGGUUUCCCCUGCAGGCCUUCCAGCACGAUACAGCCUUUGCAAACGGACGGACGGCAGAUUACCUCCUCCUGGGGAACAUGGUUUAUACAUAUGUGGUCAUCACCGUGUGCCUGAAAGCCGGCCUGGAGACGUCGUCCUGGACUAUGUUCAGCCACAUCGCCAUCUGGGGCAGCAUUGGCCUGUGGGUGGUGUUCUUUGGAGUGUAUGCCUCGCUCUGGCCUGCUAUCCCCCUGGCUCCAGACAUGUCGGGUGAGGCGGACAUGAUGUUCAAUUCCGGAGUCUUCUGGAUGGGCUUGUUCUUCAUCCCUGUCACGUCGUUGGUCUUUGAUGUGACCUACAAAGUGGUGAAGCGGGUCUACUUCAAGACCUUGGUGGAUGAGGUUCAGGAAUUGGAGGCCCUGUCCCAGGACCCUGGAGCAGUGGUUCAUGGGAAAAGUUUGACCGAGAGAGCCGGACUCCUGAAGAAUGUAUUCAAGAAGAACACGGCUGCGUACCGCGCUCAGUCCAUGCAGCAUACCCUGCUCCGUAAGUACCUGCUUCGCUUGCACAUAUCACACACCAACUGCGCAGACUCGCAGCCACCUUUCCGGCGCCCUCACGCAGCCACGUUGGCGGCGCCCGCCUGCAUCAACCUUUAGCCCUAUAGGAGACAUGCCUGUCAGAGGCGAUUUGCAAAGCAUGUAUGUGCAGGCAGUAGAACAGACCAGAGGUUUCGGAGGUACUGUGAUGUCUGGUGCGUGUAAUUAUGGGAGACCCCUGGCUGGUGCAGACGUGUGCAGAAAAUCAGUCUCACACGUGUGUAGCCCGUCAUGCAUGUCGACGCCCCUUUUUGGGACACAAACCCAAAGAAUGAUGGGACUCUGCUGUCAUCACGUAAAAGCAAAGACUCGUCCUCACCUGUUUUUAAAUGCGCUGCACUUGUGCCCUCGGUCAUGUGAGUGAUCUCUUAACUGCAAUUAUUUGAAUCCCGACAAAGGAAUAAAUUUGGGUCAGUUGUUACCAAUGCAGUUGUGAAUAACCGUGCAUGUCGGCGGCGAGUUCCUCCUGCUCACUUACUACAGGAAGCUUGUAGUUGCAGUUAUCAAACAGUUUUUGAGUGUGAAUUACUUUUUCCACAUGAGGGCCCCAAAUUUCCCAUCCAUCCAUUUCCCAAACUGCUUAUCCUUCUGGGUCGCGGGGGGUCUGGAGCCUAUCCCGGAAGCUACGUGUACGAGGCCAGCCCAUCGCAGGGCACACUCACACACCAGUCACUCACACAUGCACACCUAUGGGCAAUUUAGUAACUCCAAUUAGCCUCAGCAUGUCUUUGGACCAUGGGGGGAAACCGGAGUACCCGGAGGAAACCUCCAAAUUUUCCAACUUUUAAGAAUCAUUUUACACUGAAGUAAAUGUCAGUUUGUGUUGUUUGUCCACCCCUUGUGCAGUAGUUAGGUUAUAUUAAAGGUGUGGUAACAUUCACUGUCGAAAAUGUGCAAACUCCAAUAUAUAAUCGGAGAAAAAGGAAGCGCUUUAAAGAACUGUCUGAUGUAACUUCCAUGCAGCCGUGCAAAUAUGGCCGGACAGCUUGGGAGCUUAAGACCUUGAGAAGUAACCUUUAGUACUGGGGGUCCAUUUACAGUCUCCCCUGGAUUGUGUUGGCUUGACAGGGUGUGAAAUGGCAUUAGGUUAAUACCUUCAGUUUAAACAAGGGGAGACGGUGCACGCACAAACGGAGACAGGGCGUAACACGACUGCUGCUCAGACGCACGACGACUGGCCUGUGUGUGCUGCCGGGAAUCACUGUCCGUGCCUCGUCGCUGUUACCUUACUGCCGCAUCGCGUCGCCUGCACACUCACAUGUGCAAAUGUACAUCAGCACCACAGCAACCCCCCCCCCCCCGAGAAAUUUCCCCCAUCAGCCUGCACUGUACCAUUCUUGGAUUGAUGUAUUUCAUUAUCAUUUUGUGCCCUUUUGCUUGGCUGUUUUGCUUGUUUUUUUCUGAUCAGGGAGGGAGGGGUCGUCAUGAACGUUGCCCGUUGUGUCUUAAUAUCCCUGCCCUUUGACAUAUCUUUAUUCCCCAAAAUGCCCUGAAUGAAUAUUCCCCCCUCCCACACCAAUACCUUCUGUUGUGUGCUAAGAGAUGUCACAUAUUUUAAUAUCAUUCCCACAAUGCUUUGCUCUCACCGGCUUUCUACAUACACCUGCAGCCCUGCAGGAAUUGACAGAGUCACAACAGGUGUGAAGGUGAGUCAGGUGAAGGGAAACCUUCUGUAGUCACAGUGGUGGAGGGGAAGCUGUGUCUGAAUGCAAAUAUAAUGAGCUUAAGAAAGAAAGGUCUCCAUUUUACAGUGAAUCUCAGUUAUAUUCUUUUAGCUCAGCAAAUUCUCCAAGCCCAGCAUUCAGAGGUUUGGCUUUUAUGGCUUUUGGUAGGAAUUUACAACCUGAAGCUAAAAAAUGAAUCCUACUUUGCUAGUAUUUUGAUGGUUUUUGGUGAAUUACAGCUCAACUUUUAGUCCAGUUAUGACGCUGAGGAACUUGACAGACCACCCAGGCUGCUGCUUUGGGACUAGAUAUGAAAUGAGUCCAAGACUGUGUAAAAAGUCAUGGACGUAUUAACACUGUUCCCUGUAUCGCCUGGCUUAUUAGUAUGUAUUGUGAUUUAAUUUCUGUCCUAAGGAAUCUGAACUACCAUUUUUAGCUAACAUUUCAAUUUGUUUUAUUAAUAUGAAUUUCUUUAUUGAGACUGGUUUAGCUAGUAAUUUUAUCUGUCUGCAGAUGGAUACGCCUUCUCGCAGGACGAGAAUGGGGUAGUCUCUCAGUCGGAGGUCGUCCGGGCAUACGACACCACCAAACAGAGGACGGAGGAGUAGUGAAGCUCCGCCCCUUUGGGGGCCGAUCCUCCACGGGAACCCGCCCACUCCCCUGGCACACUGGAGCAUGCUGAAGAGUCACACCAGUGACUGACGAGGAGCUGCAGGAGUUCUUUUUAUUGGGGCCGUAAAAACAUCGAACAAAGAUUUUAAUUUGUAUUAUUUUUUCUGCAGCGAGUUAGCUGCGCUGACACUGUGAGGGAAGCCACCGUGAGCUUCACCUGAGUAUUCAGGGCUCCUGAGGUCUGACAGCCCCAGCUUGCCACAGAACUGUAUGCAGACCACGGUGUCUGCAGACCAACUGAUCCCAGGGAACGGAGGGAAAGACCGCCUUUCAUACCAUAAAAUUCAGACGCUGGAAGACACAGCACAACAAAGACUCCUGGAUCUCGCCUUAGAAGCGAUCGUGACAGGGAGCGAAUCCUUUUAACGAUGACAUAGUGUCGAUUGCCACUACAACACAACCAGCCGUGCGAGAAUGUAGCUUGCCAAUGAGACACAAAUGUGAUUUUAUUCCUCCCUGUGAUUCCUGAAUGCCGUUGCAGCUGAAACAUUAAUGUAUUCGGUUUUAUGUACCGAGGGUUAGCAAGUCAUUUUCACACUGGAGCAUACUAUGGGUAUUUUACAGACGAAGGCUUUCUGCUAGGUUUAGGCUGGCGUGUGUCUAUAGGUUCCUUAUUUCCUCUCAUUAUCCAUUUCCCUCCUUCCUAAUUUUUUUUGUCUUCCACAAUUCCCACGCACUGCACACAUUACCCCCUCCGCACCCCUCCGUAGCUCCUCUUUCCGGCCGAAUGCAUUUAAGGUGUGGCGGCUGGUAGGCCUGGCUGAGAGGGCCGUCCAUCAAACGCAUCACUCACCCCAUUGGCCAGUUUCGGAUGAAGGUGGGCUUUGGGUCUGGGGGUGGGCCUGUGAACUGCUGUCAGUCCAUCAAUGCAUCAUUCACACUCCGAGGGGCCAAGGUCAGAGCCUAGUGGAAAGGGUGGGGUCACUGCAUUUGUAGAUUUUCUUUUCAGAUUUUUAUAUCCUGGAACAUUUAUUACAUGAGAAGUAAGUGCCAUUAGCUCAAGGGAAAGUGAUUUUUAGCCAGUCAGUCGUGGUGCUUACACUGGGACAGUAACUGCGUUCGUAUUUUUAUAUUCAACCAGUAAAAUGUAAUAAAUCUUCUGUUACUAGAUCCCCCCCGGACAGCUCAUUUAAUUUUUUUUUUUUUUUUUUUUAAUGUGAUGGUUAUAUUUAAUUUAUAAGUAGCAUUGCAAUGUUUUUGGGAGAUUAGUUGUGCGUGUGUGUGUGUGUGUGUGUGUGUGUGAGACCCUCUCCCUGCCAGUGAGGUUCAGGUGUGCUGGGCACCGCACCCAUCAGCGCCUUCCUGCGGGCUGACACGCGGCUGUGUGGUGUGCUGAGACUGCUACUGCGUGCUCUGGUCCGCUUUCCUACCCGCCGCUGCAGGUAGCUUGGCCCGGAUUUGUCUGCCACUGACUCCGUACCUUCACAGCCCCAGGAGCCCUCUGGGUGUCAUGGAAAAUGUUGUAUCAUGAGCUUCCAACUCCGAAAUCUCAGCAGAGGGGGUCCAGCUCUCCCAGAAACUCAGCGGGUGCUUCUGUUAUUGCAUUUUAACUUCUGACACUGUCCAAACAGCUGCCUUCUCAGUGUCCAACCAACCAGCAUCCAGGAUGACAAACUGCUGUCUGUUUAUAAUAAAGUUCACUGGUUUUGCUCAUCUUA